GUCGUCUGCUAGCUGACGUUGCUCGAAUUCAAAAGUUACCUGGGAAGACGUUCAAGCUUUUCUAUGCUAGCAGAGCCGAAUAGCUGUUUCAUUAUGUUGCACCUACGUUUUCGUGUGACUGAAUAUUUGUGCGCGUCUAAUGAUCGGCUGGCUUGCUCAGUCAAACGAGGGGUGAUGGCAUUCCGCGGUGUGGAGGGUGUCACUCGCUGAUCGCAUCCGGGUAGAAUGAAGCACCUUCACGCGAAAAUCUUCGUGAAAUAUUAUUGUUGAGCAGCCUGACGACAACUUCUCGUCGUCGUUGAUCCAAGUAAAAAUGAAAGGAAAGAAGAAAAAAAAAAAACAGAGGAAACUAUCACGCUCCAGGGCAGCUCGGAGUGUGUGUGUGCGAUGAAUGGAUCCACGCCUUUCUGUGUCAGUAAUCACUGUAGCGUAGGACUCUUUCCUCGUAGGUUUUCGCUUCUAGGUGCGUUCGGGAAGCCAGGUGGGUGCUAUAUAUAAAGAAGAAUAACUGGGUUUCGAGUCUGUCUGCCUGUUCUCUCCCCUCGUUUUCAUGCCCUCCUCCUCUCCGCACCUUCUCACCACUCGUAACGGACGAGAGGAGGCGCUCAGAAGGAGCCGCGUGCGCGAGGAGGAAAGAAAACCUAACGGGAAAGCCACCGGGCAAGUUCAAAGAUCCGCGCUGUUCUAGUUUCGGCGCAGCUACUACGGCUGGUCUCCUCUCGCGCGCGUAUAUUCCCCACGGGAGCCCCGCGAAAAAAGCCCGCCCGCCGCUUUGGACUAGCCGGAGAGAAGUCGUCCAACGCCGCCGUCGCUGCUGCAUUCGGCCGGGAUCCAUCUCUAUGCAAAGUGAAGUGCUUUUGUGUCCGGUGGCUAGAGCUUGAAGAGGAUUGCUCGCUCUCCCUCCAUUGGAUUAGUUUUUGUGGAGCUUUGCGGAGCAAGAGUCAACAGCAGCGGAGGCAGGCAGCGCGUUCGCAUGGCGGCCACUCGGAUCCUGGCGCCCCCUAACCAAGACGGCGGCCUCGGCGGCGGCGGGACGCUGCCCGAGGAGCUCCAGAAGGUGGCCGCCGAGGAACUCGGCGAGGACGCGCGCAAGCGGGACCUGUGCCUCGUCAAGCUGCGCAAUCUAUUACAGGGCGAGACGAGCCUGCAUUCCCGCAUGGACGACGAGUUCCUGCUGCGCUUUCUACGCACCAAGAAGUUCAAGGUGGAAGUGGCCUACCGCACCAUUCGCAACUACUACCGGCACCGGCGCGAGUCACCCGAGAUCUUUCAGGGACUGCGGCCUUCCAAGCUGCGUCACGUAUACCAUGCCAACGGCCAGAUGCGUCUGCCCCACAAGGACCCCGAGGGGAGGCCCAUAUUCGUCCUCAGGAUAGGCUGCUGGAAGCCGUGCGACUACGACUACUACCAGCUGCGCAAGGCGAACAUGCUGUGCCUGGAGGACAUCUGCCUGGACCCCGCGGUGCAGGUCAAAGGGCUCGUCUGCAUCCUGGACUGCCGCGGCUGGGGGCUGCAGCACUUGCUCGCCUUCCCCAUCUCCCAGGUCCGCAAGACCAUCGACCUGCUGCAGGACUGCCUGCCGGCACGGUUCAAGGCCGUUCACGUGGUUUACCAGCCGUCGGUGUUCAACGUGUUCUUCUCGUUGGCCAAGCCUUUCCUCACCACCAAGAACAUCAACAGGAUACACAUCCACGGUUCAGACAUGGCAUCGUUGCACCAGUACCUCCCGCCCGGCAUCCUGCCGGAGGAGUACGGUGGGGUGCACGGCCCGUUCGACAACACCAAGUACUGCCAGGGCCUGUACGACCGGGAGGACAGCUUCGUCCAGGACCUGAAGUACGGGUACUGCACCUGAGCGGCGAGAAUGAAGGAGAGAGAGAGAGAGAGAUGCACUGCGCACAGUCGGCUCGGGACCGCGCUCGACCCAAGAGGCGCCAGAGGCUUCGACGCGACCCGAGCGCCGAUACCUUACGCGUCUCCGAAGGAAUCACGCUACAGCGGCGAGCGCGAUGACGAAUGUUCAACGACUUCUCUCUGUUCUUGUUUUCCUCUCAUUCUUCUUUUAAGUACCCUGCUGGUUUUUGUUUAUUCCAGAGCGCAGGUUGACUCGUCGGAGUUAACCAAAAAAUGAAGUGAGAUUUGCGUUGUCGAAGAACACGAGGCACUCGUUGGGGUAUAGGCGGCGCCGAUUGCCGUUGGCUCGGCUAAGCGUGUAUAUAUUUCUGAAAAGCCGGCGUCUCUUCGACUGCUAUACGUAGCGCAUUGAUUCGCACAAGCGCCUCCCAGCCCAUAUAUAUAGGCUCGUCAGAUCAGCUUUGCAGGCUGGCAUCUACACUGGAAGCACAGCGCCACUCGUCGAUUUAAGAACACACCGUGCUUUGCUUUAACCCUCGUCGGUGAUUUCGUGGAGGAGGUGUUGCUCGAAGAACGCACCUUUACUCCAGUGCAUUAGCACAGGCAACGGAGGAAGCACGUGGUCAGAAGGCCUUAGCUCAGGAAUCGAAGUGAAGUGCCACGCAAGCGCAGCGACUACUCUCGUCGAAAGGAAGCGCUUCCAACCACUUUGUUGAGUCGAAAUGGGGUGUCGAGUGCGGGAGUUCACGUUCUAAGAAUAUGGGAGUAAGAGUAUCACAGAGAAAAACAACCCUUUUUGUUUUGCACCAUUACAUGUGCUGGCUAACACCCUUAUGCUCUCAACAGUGUCACAAUUUUCUCUGCACGACAGCGAGCUGAGAUUACACUUGCGAUGGGAGAAGGCGCAGAGCUAGUAACUGUGAAUUAAUUCUGACCACCUGUAUGCGCGCCGUAAUAUUCGACAUGAAAAUUUGACAGCGACUGCUAUUAAAGUUUUUCUUCAUGCAGUUUUCGUAUCGACUGUCGCAGCUAUCGUCAUCAUAUUUACUUAGCACAAAAGAAGUUGCUAAAAACAUAACGUCCUUUGUCCCCAUGAACAGUUGCAUUUUUCUCCUUAAGUUUAUUAUUUCAGUCAUAGGACGAAACCAGCACCCUUGAGGGUGAAAUUUUUUGUACUGUGUAUGCGUCCCUUAUUCAGUGCGCUUUGGCUGCCCAUUGUACGAGUGAAAGUUCGGGACCUGUAAACUUAUGAUGUGCUUGCUUGGUGUGUAAACGAAACCACUGAAAGGGUCAUGGUUCGACCCUUGUGAUUUGGUACACCAGGAGAAGUUGAACGUCGCGGCGUUAUUUAAAAAUAAAAUGGCAAAAGUUUGCGUUUGACAGCGUAUUGAAUGUCACAGUGUUUCCCGCACGUUUCGAAAACUUCUUGCUUUUUCUCAUAAUAAUGAUAAUCCUCAGCUAUAGCAUGUACCCACAAAGUGGGACAUGCCAAAUAUCAGGCUGCAGUAGGCGGUUUAAGAUAAUUAUUCUAAAUAUAUAUAUAAAAAAAUUGAAAAAGGGAAGACGCCGAAAGACAAGAAUUGUGGACAACUGAACAAUCAGACUAACUGAAACAAUAUCAUGAAAGUGGUAUGAAUGAAAUAUUGAUGAAUCAAUUUCACUGAAAUGAAUACUGAACAAAAAAAAAACAGGGAGAGAGAGAGAAGGGUGAGUAAAUAGAAAUUAACACGGUAGUUGUUUCGUUUCUCAUAUCACUUGGAGCAUCAACAACAGGGAUCUUUGUUGCACGGUAUUUGAUUCUUGUCAAAUACAGCGCAACAAUGAUUCCAGUGGUUGAGGCCCCAAAUGGUAUCGCAUGACAGGAAUACCUCAUCCUUGUCCAAACUAGGAAAGUGUAGCUCCGCGUAACUUUUUUCUUGGGCUUGAAUAUCGUCGGAAGUAUAAAAAGAAGUGGUCUAUCCAUUCAACUUCAUUGCAUAUGUAGCAUAAGAGGGUCGUCAUCAGACCAGCUUCAUGUAAAUAAAAGUUUAAUGGCGGGAUGCGACAGCAUAACCGUACGGGCAGGGUUUCUUUAUUCCUCUCCUUGACCCCAAGAUAUGCUCUUCUUUAUGUUCUUUUCAAGAAAUUGAACGUGGAUGUGUCCUCGCUGUUGAGGCGACGCCUUACUGUUAUUUGUUAAGUGACGGUGUUUUUCACUUUGAUAAACAAUGAAGGACGUCGAAGCUGAUGCAAAUUCCAGUGGAGAUAUGUCAACCGCCUUUUAAUCAACAUGAAGUCCAGAUGCUGAAAAACGAAAUAAAUAGCAUACCUCAUUCACCAACA